UUGUUAAAGAAAUGGUUUGACGAUGCUAUCCAACAGCAACACAUAAGUAAAUUUGAUUAUGAUGAGUUUGAAACUCUUGAAAAAAUUGGUGAAGGCGGAUUUGGUACCGUGUAUAAAGCAGAAUGGAAAUUUAAUGGGCUAUCUGUAGUUCUUAAAAGAUUAAAGGAUAAUGUGUUUCAAGAAUUUGUUCAAGAG